CGUAUUCAUCCUCCAAACUGUCAGUAUCUGGUGUCUGUGUUUGUGUGAGUGUAAACCACAGUGUAAACGUCAGAAAAUAGUGAUAAAAUUAAGUGUUAUCAAAAGGAAAAAGUGUUUUUACCUCGCUUAUUGGCUUGUUCAGUAUGCGUAUUAAAUUAGGUACUACGAGCAAUAAGGAAUGGAGAUGUUGUUUUUGCCUCCAUGUGAGGACUGCCACCAUGGCGUUUGGAAUCUACCAUUUACUGCUCCAUGUCUUGGCACUCUCAGUGCUGGCGUUUGUGAUGCGAAAAAAUCACACCGUUAAUUCGGCUAUCGCCCCUACCCCCACUCAGAGAUACAACAAUUAUUUUGAUACCGACUUCUUGCCCACCCCGCUGAGCAAAGUGAAGGAUGAUGAUAAUCCUUACUAUUUACCAUCGGCCCAGGACCAAAAAUUCACUGAAGAUUUCACCGAUGUGGAUAUAGAAACGGUGAUGACCUUCUGCACCCUCUGCGUCACCCUUCUCAUGGUGUACGGUGUAAUGAAGGGAGUACGCAAGCACAUCUUACCAUUUUUCUUCUUUCAGCUGUUAGACUUUGCCUUUACAGCUCUGACUAUGGGCGGAUACUUUUGCUACUUCCGCUCGACUCAUCGUGUUCUGGCUGAGCAAUGGCAACACUUGCCGUUCCGGCAGGAAUUGUUGUCAUUGAGUCCUCAAAAUUUAUACCUUCUGGUAUUGACGUCCUUAUUGCUUACCAUCAUGUGGAAGGCUUACUGGAUUGGUGUGGUAUGGCGCUGUUGCAAGUAUCUAACUGUUAAGGAUCAAUUGUCGAUGAAUACAGUUCAUUACAUUAUGCCUGCUGAGGGUUCGGAUCGUACCGAUCCCGACUACACUGCAAUGUUCCGAGAUGCGGAAAGCGCCGCUUUGGGACCUUUAAAACAGACUCCACCUCCAUCCUAUCAGGAUGUAAUGGAUGAACAGCCACCUCCAUACCCAGCUGCUACUUCAACUACUACGAUUGUCCAGGAACUGCCGGUGCGCCGAUUCUUGUUCACUUAUGCUGCCCAAGAACCUCCUCAACCCGAGAACGUAUCUGAACCGGAAUCAGCGGCUCCUCAACCCGAAACGCCAGUUGAAUCUCCUGUAGCGUCCACUUCUGCGCCAACUACUGUAACAUCCCCGAACAAGCCGCAGCAGAAAACUGAUGAAGAAACUCAUCUCCGCGCUGAAGAUAUUGAUGAUACCGAAUACGAAUAUGUAGAAAUUCUAGCCCAGCCAGAAAUGAAGACAGAGCAGCCGGCUCCAAACAAUGUUAAUGCCAUAAUCAAAGUAUCUGAUUAAUAUCAUUGAUACUGGUAGACUAGUUUCUCAAUAUCCGUGUACUUUUCCUGGUCAAGCGCUAAAACAAUUCUGAACAGUAAAUGUGUUAUCGCCAUUCCAUAGAUCUUAUUAAAUUACCGAGGGUAAUUCAUUUAGCGGACGUUUUCACGCUUGGCUUUGUCACAUCUUGGACACGUUUUUUAAUACAGCGGAUAUCUAGUUUUUAUUCAGAAUUUUUAGUAUUUAUUUUUAAUAUGGUUACUUUUCGUCUUGGUCCCAAACCAACUUAAAAAUUGCUUAAAUAAUUACAUUUUCAAUUGUAGGGUACCUAUAUAUUAACUUGAUAGCAACGAUGAUUAUGAUAGUAUCUUAGACAUCAGGUUAACAGUAACAUCGCUAUUUUGUUUAGAUCCGUGUAUAAUUAAUAUGUAUAGCUACUUUUUAUUAAAUGUGUUUUCCAGCGCAGUCAAUUUAA